AUGGCGCCCUCCAUGAUAUCAAGCAGCAUCUUGCGCAAACAGCCAACAUCGCGUACUUCGUUGUUUGCAUUCCUGUGUUUGACACUCUUUAGCCCAACAGCCUUUGCCCUAAACUUCUCUAUCGAGUGCAGAGAUCGGGUCUACUCCAUUAUCAACGGAGCAGGCGAUCCAUAUGGUAACCUGACCGAACAAGACCUGUACCAGAACAAGUGGAUUUACGAAGGCCAUGUCCAAAACCUUGACGACACAAUCAGGUAUAACAGGAGCGCCUAUAUCGCGAUAACGCUUGAAGGUUGCAAAAACCUCUGCCAUUCCCCCAUCGAGUGGUACCUCACACAAAGCCCUCCAACCCAAUCCUUCAACAUCGCAGCAAACUGGAUCCUCCCCAUCCUAGCUCUAGUGGCCUGUCUUCCCUUCGACUCGCUGCACCGGCGCGCACCCGGAUCACGAUGGCACAACGGACGGCUACCCACGACACUAAAAGCGAUCCUCAACUGGCUCGGUUCGCCGCCUACCAGUCUCACAGCCACUCUGUGGAAUGUCUACCAGAUUCGUCAGUGCAAAUACUACACGUUCUCAAACGGAGGCUCCCACGAACAGGCCAACCGCAGGCUUGAAUACCCAAAAGCCACCUCCUAUUACAUCUUGAGCUGUAUCAACCAGUUUGAACUGCCUACGGAACCGCAGGAAAAAGGGGAAUUUGUGGAAACUCUGGUCUACGGUAUCUUAAAGCCCUUGGAACAUCAUCACCCAAAUGGACAAGGCCAUGGCCAGAUCGCCCAAGAAGCAGCUCGACAAGCGGUGCUCUAUACAACGGAGUUGCGAGAAGCGCUGGCUUUCCAACUCCGUAUGUAUCGACGGCGAGGCACGUAUCCGGCUGGCAUUAAUAUUUGCGUCUUCCUGGGCGCGUUUGCCAUCUCCAUCGGCCUUGCGUUUGCGGAUGAUUUGGGUGAGUACACCACGGCGCAUUCCCUUGCGCUAGGAUUGCUGGAACAGGCGAGUCGAGUGAAGCCUUUUCGCAAAAUUCUGUCGUCGAACGCUAACAAGGCAACCAACAGGGUCCUUAUCCAACGAUGGCUGUGGAACGUCGAAGCUGUAAAACUCUGGGAGGAAGCAAAGCGGAAAGGUCAACUCCCAAACCCGGAAGCCCAGAUCGACUGGUGGAACCCAGCCAAGCAACGACGUCGCUCACAACAAGAACGCUUCUCAAACAUCCGUCAACCCAAUGAAACCAUUCGCGUCGCCUCCACUUUCCGAAUCGGCGACUUCAUCGGCCAAGGCCGCAAGAUGGGCUACCACGGCCUCACCUCCUCCGUUCUCUCCUCCGUCUACGACGACCGGGGAAACCGCAACAGUAUCCCCGCCAUCGCCGCCUCCACCACCCGCCACCUCUCUUCCACCUUCCACCGUCCCUUCGCCUGGUGGCUCUGUGCUCUUAUCUCCCUCUCCCUCGUCUGGCUCGAAAUCAACAUGGCCCUUCUCGUCUCCUACAUGACCCCGACCGUCGGCCUCUCCUGCCGUUCUGGCGCUUACCUCUGCUACGGCGUGCUGACAACCAUCACCUGGUUCGUCAGCUGCUUCUUCAAGAACCCGAACCAAGCCGUUAGAAUCUUCUGCCACUUCUUCAACGCCCUGGCCGUCGGCGUCCUGGGCUUCAUCGUCUUUGCGCAGUUCACGGGAGUGCUGAAUAACUGUGCUUGCAAGUGCGGCGUGGGCGGGUACAUGAGUUUUCAGGACGCGGCGUUUUAUGGGAAAUAUUUCCAGGUGAGGAAGUACUGGCUUAUUGGCGCUUUGGUGGGCGGAUUGCCGCCCGUGGUGUGUUUUGUGGUUUCCGGGGUGUGGUUGGGAAAGCUGAAAGUGUUGUGGCAGGCGAGCGAGCAGAUGGAGGUUAGUUGGGAGUUGACGGAGUGGAGGGCAGAGAUGGGGACGCCUGCGGCGGCUACGGGGACAGGGCCAGGGCCAGGGCCGGGAGCUGAGGCGGGACAAGGAGCUGGACCGGGAUACGAUGAGCAGACGAGGAUUGAGGCAGACAUGUCGUGGUUGACUUGA